UGAUGAUAGUCUCUUCGUGUAUGAUUGCAUCAAUGCGGAGAAGACCUUAGGAAACAAAGGACAGGAUGGAAAACCGACAGGUAAAGGAAGUGAUGACAUCCUAGCUUUUGCCUUCUCCCCAUCAGGAGAUUAUUUUGCCUUGACAGAUGACAACAAACGUCUGAUUCUGUUCCAUACAAAGCCUUCCUGGGAAUGUGUUAGCGUCAGGUCUGUGAACAGGAGAUGCCUUUCCCUGAUUAUUACAACUGCAGAGGAUAAGAUUCUGGUUGCAGACAAGUCUGGUGAUGUCUAUUCUUACUCAAUAACAGAACCCCAAGCAGAAGGAAAACUUGAGCUGGGUCACUUGUCUCUGCUAUUGGAUGUGGCACUGAGUCCUGAUGACCAGUAUAUCCUAACUGCAGACAGAGAUGAAAAGAUCAGAGUCAGCUUGGCAAAGGCUCCUCAUAAUAUUGUAUCCUACUGUCUGGGACACAAAGAGUUUGUAAGCAAAAUACUUGUAAUACCCAACUAUCCUCAUCUGCUGUUGUCAGCUUCUGGGGACUCGACUCUGAGACUUUGGGAGUACAAAAGCGGGGAAGAAGUGUACUGCUGUCAUCUAAGCAGCAUUUGUGAGUCUGAGAGAACCAGAACUGAGCAGAAAUACCCUGUGUCAAGAAUAACCUACUGCUGUCAAGGUGGUUAUGUUGCCGUUCUGUGUGACUGUAUUCCCACAGUCUACGUCUUUCAGCUUGAUGCCAUUGCCCAGCAGCUAGUUUACAGACAGCAAAUCUCUUUGAAACAUAAAGGUUGGGACAUUGCCUUUGAGGAAAUGGGAGAUCUAUGGAUUUUGCAGGAAGACAGUGAAGCUCCUCUUCAAUCGUACAGACCAUGUGAUGGGCAGUGGAAGCCUGUAACUGAUGACAAAGGAUUACAGAAGAUGUCAAAAUAUAUUCAAGACAACUGGACAGUGUUUGAAGGUUUUGUUGGCACAGAGAGUCACUACAGCAGUCUUUACAAAGCUUCAUUUGAUAACAUGGCCACCUACCUACAGAGGAAGGAGGAGAGGUUACAGCAGCAGAAAAAGAAAAGGCAGGAUCUGCAGCGUGGUUCGAAUGGACAGACAAAAAAGAUGAAGACUGAAGAGUCAUCCCUAUGA